AUGGAGCCAAACACUAAGCUUGUCGUUAUUACCUUGGUUCUUGCCUUGACACUCACGGCAGCAACUGGACAGAACCUCUGCGGUAUGACCUUUGCUGGUCUGUACUCUUGCCAGCCCUAUGUGCAGACUAAGAACCCACUGACCACCCCGAUUGAUCCCAAGGGACCUUGCUGCACUGCCCUGUCCAAGGCCAACUUCCACUGUCUCUGCGAGCAUAAAGACAGUCCAUUUGUCAGUGGGAUCGACUUCCACCUCGCUGAGAAACUCCCAGAGAAGUGUGGUUUACCUGCUGCAACUUGCUAG